CGAUACCGGGAAGAUCAAGCCCACGCAGGGCAUCACCAUCAUACAAGGUCACACGCUGGCAAGGAAUACCCCCGGCCCGUCAUGGCAUCAGCUUCGUCGUCUUCCUCCAUUCAUCGUCCACGGCUACAUCCUGCAAUCGGCCCAUUCUUACUCCUCACCGUCCUCACCUCCCUCGCCUUCAAUCGAGCCACCCUCGCAAGACAAUUGGGAGAGGAUCAGCGUCGGCACCUUGUCCAGAUCAAUCUCUUGCAGGAUGAGCUGCGAAAGCUCACGCCUCUAGCUCCUGCUACUGGGAGAUCCUCAUCAUGGUCUUCGUGGCUUUGGCGCAGCAAGAGCCCGACACCGGCUGCUCCACAAGAGCGCAACGCAGCGGAAGAAGAGUCUCUUGCUCGGAAAUGCCUCGCAGUGGGUCUCGAUCCGCAACGGCUUGGUAUCUCUCCGCAGCACAUCCCUAACCUCUCAUCUGGAGCUGACGGGAACAAUGUCACAUGGUCCGAGGCCCUCUUCGGCAAAGGCACCUGGGGAAAGAUGAAGACGAGCUUAGUCGAAGCUGGCGCGGCCUUGAGGGCAUCAGUCGGGGCAGGCGCUGGGGACAAAGUCAGCGAGACGCCCACAGUGGGAGCAGGCGAAGCAGCAAAGGAACAAGACGAAUAUGAAGCGGCGUUCCUCCAAUAUACCCAAAGGCUCGAGGAGGAGGAACGCAGCAAGACGCAAGCACCUUCUCUUCAGGACCACUCACCACAAUACCAGACCCCACCUACGCAACCUCGGACGUAUCCCAGCGAAAGUGCUCCUGCCGCCUUGGACAACGGCGCUCCUGAUAGCAAAAGCUUGACUGGUAACCAUGCUGAGUCUGAUCAAGUGGCCGCCCGCAGGCGGUUCAUCGUCUAGAGUGGACUAUCCGCCAAUUUGGCCUCCAAGCCACACCUUCGUUCGUUAGUAGAUACCGUGGCGUCGGCGUAUGCACAACACAGACUUUGGAACCAAAUCGUCCUCUGUGCUCGUCGACAUUCUCCCGCAAUCUCGUCUUUUGUCUGUGUGAGGAGGUUCAACGAGCUAGCUGCGCUCGACUGCUGUGCCUGGCGAUGUGACUGUUGAAUUGUCAGGACCCGGCGAAAGCUCAAUUCGGCCGUUC